AUGAGACCUUCAACCUUCCCAUGGAUCCAAAUCCACACUCUCGCAUUCUUCACUCUCUCUGCCGGCCUCCUCGCGGAGCAAAUCUCUUACUCCGAUCACUGUUCUUCAUUCGUCCCUGAAGCAGCAUCUGACAUAAACUCCUACUCUGUAGACACCUUCCCUCUCUCCCAACAUCAUGCCGGGUACUACUCCGGCAAUCUCCGUAACAUCCUGAAGACUCUGCCUUCGUCAUCUCCUCCUUUUCUUGCCAAUUCCAGUUCUGAUUCCUCUAACCACUUAACGUUCCAGACUCGGGAUGUCCAUGAAACUGCCCGUGAAGGUGUCCUCAAGGUGGAAGCGGACCUGUUGCUCCGGGUCUUCAACUAUGAUGACUUUUACGUUACGGAAGUCAGAUCGUAUGGGACGGCUUACUUUCCUAGCUUCUUUCAUAGAAGCCCCAGCCGGAAGAGAGUCAGGAGCUGGGUUUUCUUCCGGCUCGAAGGUUUCUGGUCAGAGACUUCCGGGAAGCUCUGUAUGGUUGGCUCAACUUUCACGAGCGAACGUGAGGGCGACGGUGAUCUUAAUCUCAAGGCCGUGCUUAAGAUGGAAAAUGUCAAAAAUUCUGCGAAUAUCGCCAGUUUGUUCACUGGGACAUUGGAGAGCUUGAGCUCCGGUGAUGAUAAUGACCGUCACUUUGACUCUCUAUCGCUUUUGAUGUUCCCUCAGAGCAAUUACCAGUACAGUCUGGUUACUGAGGUCAAGGAAACUGGAAGCACAGUUGGCGCCUUUGGGAGGAAUCUCCCGGUGGGCUUAUCACCCAGAAGCGGACAAUUCUGCUCGACCUUUCAGAUGCUCGGCUAUAGUAUUAAGUUGAAGCAUGCUGCAAAUUGUGAUGAUCCUGCGAAGAACUGCACUCCCUUCGGACGUUUGCAUUCAUUACCCUCAACAAUGUCCUGGAGACAUCUUGGAUGCUUGGAGAGUGACCAUGACCGGAAAGUGCGGGUUCUCGUGCAUCUUUCAAAUGUCAUGGAUUACAGUUAUCUCAGCUCUUUCGACCCAAGCAUGACGUUGGUUGGUGAGGGGCGGUGGGACGAGAGGAAGAAUCUGCUACAGGUCAUAGCCUGUAGGAUACAUACCACUGGAGGGUCUUUCUCUUCCGCUGGUGUCGAGGACUGCUCGAUUGAAUUGAGCUUCUCGUUUCCUGCAACGUGGUCGAUUAAGGAACGGAAUGUUAUGUUGGGGGAGAUUAGAAGCACAAGGAGGUCCAAUGAGUCGGGUUACUUUGAUCCUAUUGUUAUUCAACAUACCGGUAGCGAGGCCUUGGAUCUCCCGGGGUUGAAGUACAACUACUCCGAAGUCAAGAGAACAAAGCAGUUGUGCCCAGCAAAGAAGCAAGAAAUCAUGACUACAGGGAGGAGGAGAUAUCCUGAUCGUUUCUCUCGUGAUUUGAGCUUCGAUAUGUCUGUUGAAGUUUCCGGGGGGAAGAAGCUUGCUUGGGGCUACUCCUACCCUCUUUUUGUCGGAAAUAGAGCAUUUGACCGAUUCACGUACGGAAUGCCCGAAUCAAACAUGAAUACUGGUGAUUCUGGGGUUAAAACCAAUUCCAGCACUGAGAGUCAGUUCAACAUCGCCUACGAGAUAAGCUUAACGAUGCUAGAGAAAGGGAAGUCUAGUGGCAGGGCUGGUAUUGCCACUGGCCUCCUCAAUGGAUCUUCAGUUUCGAAUGAGAGUAUGAAGAUUUCUGCUGAAGGGGUCUAUGACACGGAAACUGGCAGGCUAUGUAUGAUGGGCUGCAGGAGUCUCGAGACCUUGAAGCCUGACUCGACAGACUGUGAAAUCCUCAUCAGGUUCCAGUUCCCUCCUCUGGACUCGAAGAAAGCCAAAGACACCAUAAAAGGAAGUAUUGAGAGCAUGAGGAAGAGAUCAGACCCUCUUUACUUCAACAGGCUGAAUAUUUCUGCAUCGGCAUUCUACGCUGAGGUGAGCGCAAGGACGAUUUGGAGGCUCGACUUGGAGCUCUCCCUGGUCCUCAUUUCCAACACACUUUCUUGCAUCUCGGUCGGCUUUCAGAUCCUCUACGUGCAAAAGCAUUCUCAGGUCCUUCCCUACGCUUCGCUCCUCAUGCUCACCAUCCUCUCGCUAGGACCCGGAAUCCCUCUUGUGCUCAACUUCGAGGCCUUAUUCCUAGAAACCCGAAACCGGCAAAGCUUUUACCUCGAGAGCGGGAGGUGGCUCGAAGCUAAUGAAGUCCUGGUGCGAGCAGCUACCCUCGUGGCUUUCUUGUUCCAGUUCCGCCUUCUCCAACUGAGUUUCUCCUCGAGAAGGGGCGAAGGCGAUCACACAAAAUCACGGGGCGCGGAGAAGAAAGCUCUGCUCCUGUCAUUACCGUUAUACGUGCUCGGAACUUUUGCUGUCCUUUUCUUGAACUGGAAGACCAGUUCGGAUAAUUCCAUGUGGGGGGCAUUGAAGUCUUACGCGGGACUAGUCCUUGACGGGUUUCUAUUGCCUCAGAUUCUGCUGAACCUCUUAAGGGACUCGACCGAGAAAGUCCUCUCAACCCCGUUCUAUGUUGGGACGACCUUGGUCAGGCUGGUUCCGCAUGGAUACGAUCUCUGGAGGGGCCAUAACUUCGUCCAGACCCAGUUUGAUGGUUCGUAUAUUUAUGGGACGUCUGACACGGAUUUUUACUCUACUGCUUGGGAUGUGAUUAUACCUUUCGGAGGUAUCACUUUCGCAGCCAUAGUCUACCUUCAGCAGCGAUUUGGGGGAUGCUGCAUAAUUCCUCCGAAGUUCCGAAAGAAUUCGAUCAGUUACGAGAAGGUACCAGUAGUUAGUGAUGCAUAG